CUUCCUCCACCGCAGAGCUAAGCGCCGCAACAGCGGAAGUACCGCGAAGCUGAGCGGAAAACGGCGGGAGGCACUUCCGGGCCCGGCGAAGGCCGUAGCCAUGGAGCCCACGGGGCCGUGCCGCCAGUGCCCCCCUGGCGAGGAGCGGCCGGCGCGCUACACCUGCCCCCGCUGCAACGUGCCCUACUGCUCGCUGCCCUGCUACCGGGCGCACGGGGCCUGCGCCGAGGCCUUCUACCGGGACCAGGUGCUGGGCGAGCUCCGAGGCCGCACCGCCUCGCCCAGCCGCCUGGCGGGUGCCCUGCGCCGGCUGCGGCAGCAGCGCGAGACCGAGGCGCCGGAGGAGGGCCAGGGCCAGGACCAGGGCCUGGGGGGCCUGUGGGAGCGGCUGCAGCCCGCCGAGAAGGCGGCCUUCGAGCGGCUCCUGAGCCGAGGCGAGGCCGGGCGGCUACUGCCACCGUGGCGGCCGUGGUGGUGGCGCGCAGGUGCUCGGGUAUCGCUGCUGGAAGAGCUGCACGUGCACGAAGAGGACGCCGAAAGGCCCGCGCCUCAACCCACACCCACCCCCCAGGGUGAGGUAGAACCUGUGGCCGCGCCACCGCCCCUGCCCGACGUCAUCCCCGCCUUGGCGCGGCUCUGCGGCGGCCGCGCGCCCUCGCCGCUGCUUCGCUUCCAGCUCCCCAACGUGCUCUUCGCUUACGCGCAUUCUCAGUGCCUCUACCACGGCGGCCUCGAGGACGACCCAGAGCUGUUGCUGGACGUGUGCUCCACCGUGCUGGGCGUGGCCGGCGCACUCGGCGCCCGCCAGGCCUUCCGCUCCACGCGCGAGGCGCUGCAUGCGGCUGCGCACGCGCUGAGGGCCGGCGCGCACCCACCAGGCCCCCUUGGAGCGCGCGGUGCUAUGCGCGAGGUCGCGCGCCUCCUGCUGGGCGAGAGUGCGCAACCCGGCGUGCAGAAGAACUUCUCUCUAGCAGCGCUGGCGCAACUGGCGCGCGCAUUUCGGCGCGCGCGCAACCUGGUGCCCGCGGGCGAGCUCCGAGAACGUCUCUACAGAGCGCGCAAGAAGUGCCAGUACCUACUGUCCUGGACCAACGAGCACGAGGAAGCGCUCACACCGCUGGCGUUGGAUUGUGCGCAAGAGUACCGCGCCGAGGAGGAGGAGGCAGGCCACGUGGAGGCCCUGAGCGCCGAGCUGGAGCGCCUGUGGGGGGGCUCACGCCCCCCGGCCCCGAGGACCCUGAUCCAAGAGCUGGCCUGAAGGCAGUUGGCCCGGUCUCGACCCUGAAUAAAGGCGUCUUGAGACGGACCGAGCCUCGUGCGCUCUGUGUGUGUGUGCCCCCUUUCCCCAGAAUAAAGGCACCUGGAAACGGA